UGGAUUAAAACUCGGACAAGUUGACUCAAAAAAAUAUGACAGAAAAUACAAGCCUAACUUCAAUAGAAAGUGGAUUUGUUAGUUUAACUGAACUUAAAAUAAAAGAAACGGCGACUGUUGAAAUUGAUUUAAUUUGUAAUAAAAUGGAGGAGAAAAAUAAAGGUUUUUUUGAUUAUUCAGUUUUUAAGAAAUUUUUUAAAGAUGCCGUAAUUUUUAAAAAAUUUGGAAAGGCCGUCAAUUCAUUCAAGGAGAUGGGGAAAAAGACAAAUCUCAUGGCUAAGAAGUCUUGGCGAUGUGCUACAAAUUGUUUUUCAUCAAUCAGCAACAAAAACCUCAAUACUUUUGUAACCAACAACUGUCUGUUAAUAACAUUUUUAUUAUUGCUUGUUGUUUUAAUUGAGAUUCUAUUUGCCUACUUUUCUGUUAACUACAAGUAUAUUAAAUCUGAUAAGAAGCCAGAUUUGUUUUUAAUAAUUUUACACGCUUCAUUUUCAUUUUAUUUGUUUUUUCUACCAGUUUUCUAUGCUUAUAUUAUUGUUUUCAAGGUGAUACCAUCUGUUCGACCUUCUUUGACUAGCUCAAAAUGGUUUUUGAUUAUUUCUAAAAUUGUUCCAAAUCUCUUCGUUUCAAUCUUACUAAGUCUUCUCUUUAUAAUUAUUGUGACGUUAUGUUUCUAUUUUGGUUUUUCAAGUCAUACUUUUAAUGAUAAGCAUAUGGAUUACAUAAUUUUAAUUAAAAUUGGGCUGCUAAUUUUUUAUAUUUCUUUGUUAACCUAUUUAAUCAACUUCCUUCCUAAAAUGCUAGUUAAUACUUUAAUCGUUUAG